AUGACGACCUACAAAGCCACUCUUCGCAACGACAAUGGCGUGAAGCUUGGGGAGGUCAUGGAUAGGAUCCAUUUCCAUCUCAAGCCUUGGCAGUCUCAGACGCAGUACAGAAUGCCCGCUCACAUGCACCUUCACGAUGACCAUGAGGCGCUGAAAAAGCGUCUGUAUAACAGUUUCGUCGGGAGUCUCGGCUUCCAGCUCGCGGUGCGCACGAAUAAGGGGCAUGUCAGUUCGAGGUCAUGCUGGAUCGAUGAGGGACACGAUAACCGCGAGAGCGAGCGACUAACGGAGGAGAUGAGAGAGGAGUUGUUCUAG